UUUUUAAAUUUAUCGUAACGAACAAUUGAAGUCUGACCUUCCAGCUGAUGAGUUUUAAUUUUCGAUUCUCAUUAUUACUUUUAAUUAUAAUUCGUUUCAAUUAUUUUCUAAUUGUUAUUUAAGUUGAUGGUAUAAAUAAAAUACUUAAAAUUAUUUUUGUAAACUGGGAUUCCCAGUUUUGAAUUUGGUCUUUCCAAGACAAACUAUUUGGUAGCAGUCACGUGUGUAAAUUAACAGCUUUUGCAAGGAUAAAAAAUAUAUUUGGAUACAGCAGACUGGAGUAGAAUUUUCUCGGUUAGAUUUAUCAAGUGUUAACUCAUUGUAGAACGUGACUAUGAAUUCAAAGACUGAAAUAGUGAAAUAUAGGUGGAAAAUUGAUGAUGUGAUUGGUUCCAACUCAUGGGUUCAGUCGGAACAGUUUCAUUUAUGUGGUAAUUAUCAAGUUGGUUUUGAUAUUGGGUUGCGAAACACUGUCCGUAAUCAGAGUUCACUUCAAGUACGAGUCAGAAAAAAUGACUUAAGACCAGCAAAAGCUACUGUGCAGAUUAAACAAAUUAAUACAUCACAGUUAAGUUACAGAAAUGGGUUCUACUCUUUUGAAGAAUACCCUUAUAGUAACCCUAAUAGUAACCCGAAUGCUUCGGAAACUAUUCUAAGUGUAUCAGAAAUAAAUAAUUGGCAAGAGUUUUUUACUUCUGAUAUUGUAGGCUACAGCAACGAAUCGUCCAGAGUAUUGCCUAAUGAUAGUUAUAAUAUUUAUGUAAAAAUGAAGAUUGAGUGUGAAAUAACUUUCAGAGGUUUUAUUAACGAAAAGCCUGAAAUUAUAAUGCCGACAAGUUUCGAGCGAUUUCUCAAAGCAGAUGUCUUUAACGAUAUCACCCUGGUAGUUGAUGGCCAACAAUUACCAGCUCAUAAAAUUAUUCUGUCAACGCACAGCCCGUAUUUUUACGCGAUGCUAACCACUGAGAUGAGAGAAGUUAAAGAAAAUUGCAUUACCAUUAAAAAUUUUUCCCUUGAUGUCAUUACCGAGAUGCUGGAAUUUUUUUACACCGGCAAAACGAAAGCGAGCGAUAACAUGGACGUUGCAUUGAAGAUGAUUGAGAUAGCAGAGAUGUAUCAGAUCAGCAAACUGAAGGAAAUUUGUAAGAGCACAUUAAUAAGGAACAUAAAUAUCAAUAAUGUUUUAUCUAUAACAAACAUUGCUGAUGAUUUAAACGUAGCUCAACUUCGUCAAAAAGGGAUCAAAUUUAUGGUUGAUAACAGAAAGCCAAUUGUCAAACUUCCUGGGUUCAAGGAUUUGUGCCAACGUAAACCUUUGCUGAUGUAUGAACUAACGUGUGCUAUUGGAGAAAUAUGAACUAGUUUUUUUGUAUUAAGAAACAUAAUAUAAACUUCGUUUUUCAAAAUAUUUUUCUGCCAAAUGUAUUAUUCUCUUGUCAUUUAUAAUAAAUUCAGUAAAAUUUUGUAA